AUGCCUCCCCAUAUCUACACAGAGGGAUUGCCAGAACAACCAAUCCCAGUUCCAGAAUGGGGCCACCUCCCACUUGAUAUCUAUCUUCUCGAACAAUGGGCCACGCCCCAUCCAGACACGCCAAACGAACUCCCCGAGCAGCGCCGCAAGCGCCUCGUCCGCCAGUGGCUGAAUCUCGGGGCCGUUGGGAGAGAACCCUACUCCAACCGCACCAGAAGCGAGCUGGCAACCUACGCGCCCGCUCAACCCACACAGGCCGAGAUUAAGACAAUUCUCCGCCCACUGCGCCCGGACUCUCUGCGCCGGUAUGCAGACUACACAUGCGACGAGGCCAUCUGGGUGCGCAUCUGCUACGAUGUAGGAAAUGAACAAGCCCGCGCAGCAUUCUGGGAUAAAUACGUAGAGCAUGCUCAAGUUAUCAGCGCGGACUCGCUAGUCUUUGACGACAAAGGUCUCUUUGAGAAUGCGGAUAUAGCGCGUGUUCUGGAGCUCUUCCCGGAGCGGGUGACGAAUCCGUCGACUGCAGAGAAGCUCGCAUUUGCGGAGAGCGAGCUGCGGAGGUCCUUCGAUGAGUGGCUUGAUUCUCAAGAGAAGCAGAGCUUACUUGAGGAGGAGCAGCAGAUGGUCGCACAGGGCAGGGGAGAGGAAGUAGCUAGGAGGUACUGGUCCUACCAGGCUGAUUGUGUGGUAGCGCAUUUGUUCAUUGAGGACGCCGAGGCGCAAACUGCGGCGGGUGGAGGAGGGGUGCUACAUGUCUUCCUGGAUGAUUGUGGGAACCUGGUGAGGAAGGAAAGGGUGAAAUGGGACCAGGUUGAUAAUUUUGAUGGGGCUUGGUUUGGGGGGCAUUGGAAGGAAUGUUGGGCUUCUGAUCCUGAUGGUGGAGAGCUGGGAGCCGCUUAUCUGCCGGCGGGUGUGCGAGGGCCUCCGUAUAAUUUGUUAUAUAAUAUCUAA